AUGAAAUCGAUUUUUAAUCGACAAGUUUGUACAACCUGUUUGAAACUAUCUGAAUCUUUUAUUUGUCGUGGAUGUCGGCAAUCAUUUUGUGCAAAACAUGUCAAUCAACAUCGGGAAAAAAUUGCAAAAGAUAUGAAUACUCUUGUUACUAAAUGCAAUCGAUUACAAGAUGAAUCAAAAUCCGAGAAAUUCGCUCAAGAAACACUAGCCAGUAUUGACCGAUGGGAAAAAGAAUCGAUAGAAAGAAUUCGAAACACUGCUCAAACAGCUCGAGCCGAAUUGAGACCAUGGAUAGAGCGAAUAAAACACGAACUUGACGUUCCCUUUCAGACAAUGAUGAAUGAACUUCAAUCUAGACGUAAACUACAAGAUUAUACUGAAGUUGAUUUAAAACGAUGGGGUGCACAAUUGAAAGAGUUCACUGAAAAGCUGAAACAACGACCUGUUAUUGAAUAUAUUGAUUGCGAUGAUACGCAAGCUGUGCAUCUAAUUAGAAUUAUUGAUCGCGUUAGUUUGAUUUCACCACUCGAUGCUAAUUCUAUGAAUUCUCGUUCGGAAAGAAGUUUGAACGCAUUACAAGAGUCGUCUACUUUUGAUCAGGAAGCAUUUGGAGAAUUUUAUGGAGCAGUUACAUUAUCUGAACAUAAUCGUAUUGCUGCAUACAGUGGUCCUUGGAUAGGUGAUGCUAGUGUGUGUGGUAAGAAUUCGUAUUCAUCUGGAGUGCAUCAUCUUCGAUUUCGUAUCAUGGAUAAAUUUUACAAUGCCCCAUUUCUUGGUAUUUCUACUGCAGCUCAACUAAUGACUGAACGUAUGAUCACAUGCCAAUCGACGAAUGGUUGGUCGAAUUUCGAUUUUCCAGUAGUCAAUGGUAAAGAGGAAUUUGUGGGAAAGGAUCGAAUUCUUCGACCCGGUGAUGCGGUCACGUUAACAUUAGAUUGCGAUAGACGACAACUUUUAUUAAGGCAUCUUCGAACGAACAGACUUUCACAUUUACCAAUUGAUGUUCGUAUUUGUCCAUUUCCUUGGAAACUUUUGAUUGUUUUUCGACGUAGAGAUGAUUCUAUCCGUCUUCUUGGUGGCUCAGUUGGUUUAACAACGACAGAUUUAGAUGGAAAACUACCUGAUCCUCUCAAAACAUAA